GCCUUUCGAAAAGCAAUUGGAUGUCAGCCCUAGUAUACCUAAGUGUCCAUGUGUUUCCCCUCACUUAGUGGAACUCCACAGCGGCUUCCGACUGACAUAAGAACGCGGCCGCACGCAAGUUCAAUUCAACGCAAAAACUCGAACAUUAAUUUUAACCUUAUUAAUUCUCAAGAACACCGGAACAGACAACAAGAUGGCAAUCACAGUGUUCAUGUUCAUCCCCCGCAAGCCCGGCAUGUCCCUCGAGGCCUUCAAAGACCACUACGAAAACAAACACGUACCCCUUAUUCUCAAAGCUCUCGGCGACGCAAAACCCCUCCGUCACUCGAGGUAUUACUGCCAGCGUAAUUCUGCAGCCCAGGAGGGCGCUGACGUUCCACCACCACUUCUGUACCUCGGUGAUCCAAGCACAGUCGACUAUGAUUGCAUUGCGACGGUAGAGUUCGAGGACCAAGCACAUUUUAUAAGGUUCAAUGAGACAUUUGAGACUAGUCCGUUGAAGAAAGAGAUACAGGAGGAUCAGGAUGCUUUUGCAGACUCGAGCAAGUUUAAAAUAUUGGCUGUUGAGACGCCGAGGAUUACAACUUGA